CUUGCUUACCUACGCGCCGUUAACGUUCUAGCAACCCUUUCCCCCUUUUAAGCUGUAUUAUUGCAACAUAUCUUGAACCGCUUGAUUUUCCCAAUACUUGAACCGAGUUCGAAAGACCAAACCGCUUCGAUUGGGCGUUUGCAGCAAUGACAAACUUCAUUUCAAACAUCAUCUGGAACUCGGUCGAGGGCUUCGUGGAUGCCGGCAAGAAGUCGGCGGGCGAAUUUGGCGGAAAUGCAUUGAUCAAGGCGGGGGAUAUGAUUGAGAAUAGUGGACGGAGCUUGGGAACAGGUAUCGAGAAAAAGGCAACGAGCUAUGGGACGGCGAUAACAGGGCAGACGUACAAGCCUUCGGGCAAGGCGUUGCCAUCGACAGCCCGCAAGCCAGCAAUGAAGCGCUCGAAUUCGACGCCGGCGAGAACCAGGCCGCCAACGAGCGGGCUGCCUCUAGGCGCAAAGAAGUAUCCCGGUGCCAACCAGGUCCAAGGCGCUGUUGGAGGAGCAAGGAAAACUGCUGGCGGCGUGACUGGCAAUGCAUCAAAAGUCGCCGGAGGAGUCGUGGGCCGCGCAAACAGCACAAUCGGCAGCGCGUCGUCGAUGGCCGCAAAAGGCCCGGGCAGCGUUCUAGGGGGCGGACAGAAAGCCCUGGGCGGAGCCACCAAAGCCAUUGCACCGUUCCAGGGUUCAGCGGGAGCCUCGUACCCAGGUGAUAAGAAGAAGAAGGUCGCCGUCAAGCCGGGACAGCCAAAGCCCUUCACACCGCCUAUUGAGCACAAGAAACCAGAUCCCAAGAAACCUUAUCCGGGCAAACACCCUGCCGGGACAGAGUAGGACGCCCGUGCAACAACACAAGUACAAGCCGUUGCCCAGGCUCGGUGCACAGGUGGGACAGGGCCAGACGAUGCAACACAUAUCCAUUUAAGUUGGGGGGUCAAGUUAAUAUCGGCGUUAUAGAAGA